UAAAAGUCGGACUUGAAUGUCAAAAUCCAUUGAGUACUCCCUACAUGCUGAUCAUGACAGCUGCUGGCGCUGAAGCAGUUUGCUGUGAGAUCCCUGCGGAGAGUGACAUGAGUAUUUAUGCCCGAGUGAACCGCAGAGACAAAGGGCGGCCAAUGUGCCUCACUCGGUUCGCUGCGCUUGUCUCUUUACUUCUGUCUUGUGCUGUACUCUUGCUAAACGCAUAUCAUCAUAAAGCAGCAGACUACCAGCACACUUCAGCUGGAGGUGAUUCUAUGGGCAGUGUUCAACAGCAGCAGCAAAUUGAAAACAAUCUAAGUGCCCAUCUGACAGCUCCAUACUCAUUUAAUCAUUCAAAAAUGGUAUACCUUGAAUGGGAGUACAACCUUGGACUUGCUCAUCUUAGCGGCUUUAAGUAUCAUGACGGCGACCUCAUCGUGCUCAAAGAUGGCAUGUACAUGGUUUACCUGCAGAUCACCUUCCGAAGCCCUGGUCACUUUGUGUCUAACGAGGAGGACUCAGGUUUCACCCUCACCCAGAAAGUAAUCCUGUUUGCAAAGAGCUACCAAAAAAACAGAGAACUGCUAACAGCAUCUGACACAGUGGACUGCAUUCCCAAAUCGAAUGACUGUCAGCCAACUGGUUCAAAGGGCUGCAAGGAGGACUCGGGGACUCAGUACUGGGAAAAGUCUCUCUGCACAUCCGGGGUGUUUCAACUAAAAGCUGGGGACAGGCUCAGAGUGAGGAAGGGGGACAGGUACCAUGAGCUGAUGCUCCUUCAAGAAGACAGGACAUUUUUUGGGGCACAUCUCAUUUGAUGUUGAUUCCCAGAAACAUAAUAAUAAUAAUGGACUUAUAUACUGCUAUAUAUAUAUAUAUAUAUAUGUUUUGUUUGUUUUUUAUUGACUAUGCCAUAACUGUUGUUUUCUGUGUCAUCUCCAUGAUAGCCUAACUUUGUGGAAAUUAUUGUAAUCACUAACCACACAAAUUAAUGUCUGUCCACUGUAUAAUUUACUUACUUCUUGGAGUUUUCAUUUUAUAAUUAUUUCAUAAUGUGUGUGAGAGAGCACUUGAAGAAGGAAAUCAGUUGUAUUAUGCUCUCAUAAAGUGUCCAUAAAUAACUUGUUGUUCAGUUAAACAGUGCAUUAACACAGGCAGCGCAAUUAUGUGUCCACAAAUGGGUAUUUUGACCAAUCGGAUCAGCUCUUUUGCCAAUAUCAAAGUGUCAAACAAAUGUGAUCAUAAUGUGAUAAAAGGAGAGGCUAUUCCUUUACUCUGAAAUUUCAUACAUUUUACUCUGCAACUCCAGUAGAUUAUUUUAAUCAGUCUGUUUCAUAUUGUUUCACCUGGUCAGCAACAGAGAAUUCAAAUGAGCAGGUGUAACAGAUGGGGAUUUCUAACCUCUCCUCAGCCUGAAAUGUCUCCACCCGUGCCCCAGAGAAGUUGUCAAGAGGGUAGUCACGUUUAUUUGCAAGACAGAGGUCUCAAGUUCCAGUCAGUCUCAGUGUGAGCUGGUGUAGGAGAGACUGUAUAAUAAUCAAGAACAGUGAUGUCCGUAACACAGGCAAUUAUGGAACUUUCUAUCAAACUAGAUUGAUGAUCUUACCCAAUGCCUGGAAAGCCUUGUAAUCAGUUUGUGUUAUUGAACCUAGCCACGAGUAGAGUCUGACUGUGUCAGCUACAAAUGUCCCUAAAGCUCAUCCUGAUCAUCUACUGUAUAAAAAAUAAAGUGAUGUUUGAUGUGUCUCCAGCAGAUCAACAACAGGAUGAACAUGCAAUGUGUUGUUUACCACGUCAGCCUAACCUUACUUAAGAAUGUAAGGAAUGCACACUCUUGCACCAUCGUGACGGUAAACACCCAUUGUAAAUGAUGAUUAACUGAUGCAUGGCUUACUGUUUACACGGGGUGAGCAAUAGUAACAUUCCCACUGUGUUUGGGUUCUGCACCUGUCUGCUCGACUUAGUGUUGGCUAAGAGUUUACAUUGAUGUUCCAGAAAGUAAUAAAAUAAAAACUAGU